GUGGCCAGAGGCAGGCAGGUGGGCGAGUCCAGGCGGCGGCUGAGUCAGUGUGUGAGGAAUGUUCUGGCCGCUCCCAGCUGCGCCCUGCCCCUACCUGCCCCCACCUCACCUUCGUCCCCAGGCGCUGUGGCCCUGAGCCCCUGCCAGGAAUGCACCUUUAGCUGAGGCCUGCUCAGUGAGCUCCCCCAACAGCCAGCCCUGCUCCUCGCCCCACGACCCUGCAGACCCCUCUGGGCUUCCAUGUUCCUGGGGGCUGCAGUGAACAUGCUCCAUCUGCAUGGCUGGAAACCACAGUGGGCCCCAGCUGUGCAGGGUGGAAAGAUGGGGCACCCACCAGACUCUCCCAGUGCCCUGGCCCCAGCUGGUACCACAGCUAUACCUGGGCUUAUUCCAGACCUCAUCGCCGGGACCCCUUGGCCCCGCUGGGCUCUCAUUGCAGGCGCCCUUGCCGCGGGCGUCCUCGUCGUCUCCUGCCUCCUCUGUGCUGCCUGCUGCUGCCGCCGCCGCCACAGGAAGAAGCCCAGGGACAAGGAGGCGGUGGGUCUGGUCAGUGCCCGUGGCACCACCACCACCCACCUGGUGCAGCCUGAUGUGGAUAGCCUGGAGUCCAGUCCGGGGGGCGCUCAGCAAUGGGGGCGCCUGCAGCUGUCCCUGGAGUACGACUUUGGAAGCCAGGAGAUCAGGGUGGGCCUGAGGCAGGCAGCCGACCUGAGGCCUGGGGGCACCGUGGACCCCUAUGCGCGGGUCAGCGUCUCCACCCAGUCCGGGCACAGACACGAGACAAAGGUGCACCGAGGCACGCUCUGCCCUGUGUUUGACGAGACCUGCUGCUUCCACAUCCCGCAGGCGGAGCUGCCGGGGACCACCCUGCAGGUGCAGCUUUUCAACUUCAAGCGCUUCUCGGGGCAUGAGCCCCUGGGUGAGCUCCGCCUGCCACUGGGCACCGUGGAUCUACAGCACGUUCUGGAGCACUGGUACCCGCUGGGUCCGCCGGCUGCCACUGAGCCCGAGCAGGUGGGAGAGCUGUGCUUCUCUCUCCGGUACGUGCCCAGCUCAGGCCGGCUGACCGUGGUGGUGCUGGAGGCUCGAGGCCUGCGUCCAGGACUGGCAGAGCCCUACGUGAAGGUCCAGCUCAUGCUGAACCAGAGGAAGUGGAAGAAGAGAAAGACAGCCACCAGAAAGGGCACGGCUGCCCCCUACUUCAACGAGGCCUUCACCUUCCUGGUGCCCUUCAGUCAGGUCCAGAAUGUGGACCUGGUGCUGGCCGUCUGGGACCGCGGCCUGCCGCUCCGGGCUGAGCCCGUGGGCAAGGUGCACCUGGGUGCCCGGGCCUCGGGGCAGCCCCUGCAACACUGGGCAGACAUGCUGGCCCACGCCCGGCGGCCCAUUGCCCAGUGGCACCCCCUGCAGCCAGCCAGGGAGGUGGACCGCGUGCUGGCCCUGCAGCCCCGCCUGCGCCUGCACCUGCCCUUGCCCCACUCCUGAACGCGCCGCGUGCCUCGGUCUCCCCGCUGAGCCCAGGCACUUGCCCAGGCCGCCCUGCAGGACCACUGCAAUAAACGCCUUCUCCUGCCA